UUAUAAGAGGGUGGUGAUACCUAUCAAAGGGAAGAUUAUUAUUAUUAUUCUAAUCAUGUAUUAAAUUAUUGCAGAGAAAUUUUACUAAUUAAGAAAGUUUCAAUUGAGGAAUACUUCCUUUCAGGAGAUGAAACAGAAGAGGAAAACCAAGCAGACAUUUGCAUUAAGUGCUUGGCAUCUGCCGAGAAAUUUCCUAAGGCUUGCUUCCUUUUUCACGUAGCGGUUCCAUUCAUAAAGUCCCCCUCUCCCUCCCCAGGUUCAUGUCUUCAAUUCAAGAGUUUCAGAAUGUGCAAAAGACUGAAGCUUUCCCUGAAAAAGCUGCAAUCUUUCUGCUUUUCGCCAAGAUUCUCGAAAAGGGUCGAGAGCUUUUUCGAGUUUGAGGAAGACGAUGACACUGCAACGAUGGUUCCAGAUGACGUAAAGGAAGGGCAUGUGGCCGUGGUUGCGGUUAAAGGCGGGAAAGCAGAGAGGUUUAUUCUGGAGUUAGGAGAGUUAAACAGACCCGAGUUCUUGAGGCUGCUUGAACAAGCCAAAGAGGAGUUCGGGUUUCAUCAGAAAGGGCCUUUAGCCAUUCCAUGCCAACCCGAACAAGUACAGAAGAUCCUACAAGACUGCAGGAAGGAAGCAGAGCUCGGUUUUCGGGCUAUAGGGUAGAAGAUUGUUAGGAGAGGUUCAUUCU